CUCCUCUUCAUCCUCCAUCUUCAAUAAACCACUCCCAUCCUCCCCAACAACAAUCUACAUCACUCUGUAAGUCAUUGAGUCUUCUCCCCUCCCGACUUGCCGUUGCCUCGAAGCUGCCGCUGCUGCUACUGGUGCUGUGUUGCUGCCAGGCAGCUCCAGCGAGCUGGGAGAGCUGCCCCUCCCCCUCCUCGCGGCUCAAGCGCGCAUCACGACUGUUUCCGAGCAUGGCUGUCCUCGCCGCGGCUUCUCGAGGCCAGGAUAGCAGACCAGUAAUGGAGAGAGCUUCUUGUCAAGCUUCUCCGUGCUGUGCCACUCCAGUCCAGCUCCUGUUCUCGCUCGGAGGAGGCCUGGUUGCUGCGGCUGCUGGACAGCUAGCUCCCUCAACGCGCGCCAAUCGCCCCCACCAUGCAGAAAAAAAGACACAGAAAGGCUGACCAGAGACCCUGCAGAUCACAAUGGCUCCCGUCAAGGUUGGCAUCAACGGUUUCGGCCGCAUCGGUCGCAUCGUCUUCCGCAACGCCGUCGAGCACCAGGACAUCGAGGUCGUCGCUGUCAACGACCCCUUCAUUGAGACUCACUACGCUGCGUACAUGCUCAAGUAUGACUCGUCUCACGGCAUCUUCAAGGGCGACAUCGCUCAGGAUGGCAACGACCUGAGCGUCAACGGCAAGAAGGUCAAGUUCUACACCGAGCGUGACCCUGCGGCCAUCCCCUGGAAGGACACUGGCGCCGAGUACAUCAUCGAGUCCACCGGUGUCUUCACCACCACCGACAAGGCCGCUGCUCACUUGAAGGGCGGUGCCAAGAAGGUCAUCAUCUCCGCCCCUUCGGCUGAUGCCCCCAUGUACGUGAUGGGUGUCAACGAGAAGACCUACGACGGCAAGGCCGAUGUCAUCUCCAACGCCUCUUGCACCACCAACUGCUUGGCCCCUCUCGCCAAGGUCAUCCACGACAAGUUUGGCAUCGUCGAGGGUCUCAUGACCACCGUCCACUCCUACACCGCCACCCAGAAGACCGUCGACGGUCCCUCCUCCAAGGACUGGCGUGGUGGCCGCGGUGCUGCUCAGAACAUCAUCCCCAGCAGCACUGGUGCCGCCAAGGCUGUCGGCAAGGUCAUCCCCGAUCUCAACGGCAAGCUCACCGGCAUGUCCAUGCGUGUGCCCACCGCCAACGUCUCCGUUGUCGACUUGACUGUCCGCCUCGAGAAGGGCGCCAGCUACGACCAGAUCAAGGCCGCCCUCAAGGAGGCUUCCGAGGGUCACCUCAAGGGCAUCCUCGCCUACACCGAGGACGAUGUUGUCUCCAGCGACAUGAACGGCAACACUGCCUCCUCCAUCGUCGACGCCAAGGCCGGUAUCUCCCUCAACGACAACUUUGUCAAGCUCGUCUCCUGGUACGACAACGAGUGGGGCUACUCCCGCCGUGUGCUCGACCUUGUCUCCCACGUUGCCAAGGUCGACGCUGGCAAAUAAAUGCUAGCUUGUCCUUACCUCUACGCAAGACUAUGAACGGCAUGACGAUGACUGUCGUUUCUAAUGACCUACCAAAUUAGUAAAAUUGACACUGGGAAAAUUGAUGCGACAUCUGUAGCGAAACUUUGGGUGGACAGAUGGGACUCAAAAUGAACAUACAUAUUUCCUCGAGAUAAAAUUUCCCAUCAAUCGUGCACCAGUCACAGAGCGAGCCAGG